AGGCAGAGCCCGCACAUAGUCAGUCCUCAGAAACACUGACAUCAUUGCAAUAGGGGUUCAGGUACAAGGAGUCUUUGGAGGGGAGGACGGGGCUGCUGGGGAGCUCUGGAGGGUCUCCUGUUGGCAGCUGAGCCCUGCUCCACCCGGGGCCCCUAGCUGAAGCUCCCCUUCCCCAUCUCCCAGAGAGGCCAUGGGCACACUGACCUCCUGGAUUGACAGCCCUGAAUGAGGAGGGUGUGGAGCCAGGAGGUGGGGACCAGGCUCAGGCAAGCUAAUCAGGUCGCAGGGUGAAAUUAAAAGGGAGGAGGAGGCACCAACCCGUCAGAACUCACACUUCUUCCUGGUGAAGAAGUGCCCAGGACGGGAGCUGGGGAGCCGGAGCUGUUUUAGGAGGCUGGGAGCCAGGUGACAGGAUGGCCCCAAAGAGAGCUGUGCAGCUGUCCCUGAAGAUGCCUACCCACGCCGUGUGUGUAGUGGGAGUCUCGGCACAUGUGGACGUUCACAGUGAUGUGCCCAAGGGUGCCAACAGCUUCAGGGUCUCUGGAAGCUCCGGGGUGGAGAUCUUCAUGGUCUACAACCGCACACACGUGACAGAGCCCAUAGGCAAGGUCCGUUGGCCACUGGACACUGAUGCAGACAUGGUCGUAUCUGUGGGCACAGCCAGUAAGGAAUUAAGGGACUUCAAGGUGAGGGUCUCAUACUAUGGUGAGCAGGAAGACCAAGCCCUGGGCCACAGCAUGCUGUACCUCACUGGUGUCGAUAUUUCCCUUGAGGUCGACACAGGCCGCACAGGCAAGGUGAAGAGAAGCCAGGGGGACAAGAAAACCUGGCGCUGGGGCCCUGAGGGCUAUGGGGCUAUCUUGCUGGUGAACUGUGACCGGGACAAUCACAGGUCCACAGAGCCUGACCUCACCCACAGCUGGCUGAUGUCGCUGGCUGACUUGCAGGACAUGUCCCCGAUGGUGCUGAGCUGCAAUGGCCCCGACGAGCUCUUCGACAGCCACAAGCUUGUCUUGAACAUGCCCGUCUCUGAUUCCAAAAGACUGAGGGUCUUCUGUGCCCGGGGUGGGAAUUCUCUCUCGGACUACAAGCAGGUGCUGGGGCCCCAGCGUCUGUCCUAUGAAGUUGAGCGGCAGUCGGGGGAGCAGGAGAUCAGGUUCUAUGUGGAGGGGCUGACCUUCCCCGAUGCCGAUUUCCUGGGGCUGGUUUCCCUCAGUGUCAGCCUGGUGGACACGGGGACCCUGCCUGAGGUGACCCUGUUCACAGACACUGUGGGCUUCCGCAUGGCCCCCUGGAUCAUGACGCCCAACACUCAGCCUCCUGAGGAGCUGUAUGUGUGCAGUGUGAUGGACACUCACGGCUCUAAUGAGAAAUUCUUGGAGGACAUGUCUUACCUGACGUUGAAAGCCAACUGCAAGCUGAUCAUCUGCCCUCGAGUUGAAAAUCGAAAUGACCGCUGGAUCCAGGACGAGAUGGAGUUUGGCUACAUCGAGGCCCCUCACAAAUCCUUCCCCGUGGUCUUUGACUCCCCCCGGAACAGAGGCCUGAAGGAUUUCCCCUAUAAGAGGAUCCUGGGUCCUGACUUUGGAUAUGUGACCCGGGAGAUCCCAUUCUCUGGUCCCUCCAGCCUUGACUCCUUCGGCAACCUGGACGUCAGUCCACCUGUCACGGUGGGCAGCAUGGAGUACCCCCUGGGCCGGAUCCUCAUCGGGAGCAGCUACCCCAAGUCCGGCGGGCGGCAGAUGGCCAGGGUGGUGCGGAACUUCCUGAAGGCCCAGCAGGUGCAGGCACCCGUGGAGCUCUACUCAGACUGGCUCUCUGUGGGCCAUGUGGACGAGUUCCUGACCUUUGUGCCUACCUCUGACCAAAAGGUGCGUCCCCUCCCUCCCUGCUUGAGCCACCUCUGCCCCUGUCUGACCUGAUGGGAUGAAGAGGAAGGAGGAGAAGCCAGGCUUGGUCAGGGGUUAAAACACCAGGCCAAAAAAAGCAUUAAUGAGAUGCUGGCAGACAGACACCUCCGGAGAGACAAUCUUCAUGCACAGAAAUGCAUUGACUGGAACCGUAAUGUACUGAAGCGGGAACUGGGCCUGGCAGAGAGUGACAUCGUGGAUAUUCCUCAGCUCUUCUUCCUGAAAAACUUCUAUGCAGAAGCCUUCUUCCCAGACAUGGUUAACAUGGUGGUCUUAGGCAAGUAUCUGGGCAUCCCCAAGCCCUACGGGCCCAUCAUCAACGGCCGCUGCUGCCUCGAGGAGAAGGUGCAGUCCCUGCUGGAACCUCUGGGCCUGCACUGCAUCUUCAUUGAUGACUACUUGUCCUACCACGAGCUGCAGGGCGAGAUCCACUGUGGCACCAACGUGCGCAGGAAGCCCUUUCCCUUCAAAUGGUGGAACAUGGUGCCCUGAGCCUGCCCCCACCCGCCAUCCUCUCUGCCCUCUUGCUGGGGAACCCCGCCAGGGUGAGGGCAAGGAACAACUACCUGGCCUCCAUUCUCUUGGGGGAGCCUUGGCACUUUGCAAACAUCCUGGCCCCCGUGGGCACCAGGACACAGGGAUGGAUACCACCCACCCUCGCCUCUGGAACGGCCUACCCAACCCGAGAAGAACGCACAUCAUUCUUCCCUCGCCUCUUCCCCACCCACAGCCCCCAGAGGCUCCGGACCCACAAUGUUAGCAUGUUCGAGAAUGGCUGUGGGUGGCCUAGGGAGAUGGGCCCCACUUUGAAUUGCUCCCCCUUCAUUCUGAUGCCUCCCUGGGGAACAAGGACAGUAACUUUGCGUGUCUGCACCAGGAAUGGGGCCCGGAGGACCUGGGGUCUGGUGUGCCAGGCACCAGGCUGCCUCUGCUCUUGGAAAGCUAGGAAAGGAGAUCAGAAACAUCCUCUGUCCCAUCCAGAUUUCUUCUCCCAAAGGGGGCCCAAGGCUGUGACACUUACCUCCACCCCCAUCCAGCACCUUUCAGCUGUGUGUGGACAAACAAGGACAGAAAAACCCAAUGUCCAAGGGCCGAUUUCAAUAGAAAAAAAAAAAAG